AUGGAGGUAGACAAGGAUCUUGCUGGGCGGAAUGAGAAGAUAAAUAAGUCAAUGGCAGGAGCGCCUGCCCGGAGCCGGGGUGGGAAAGGCGCGGGCCUGGCAUUCCUACAGGUGCUGCAGCUGGCGGCCCGCGGCCUGGCCGGAGGCUCGGCCGCGCUGCUCUCCUCGGCCGUGGCGGUGGGAAAGCCCCGCGCGGGCAGGGACGCGGAGCUGCGCGUGGUCCAGGUGCCGGCGUGGGCGGGGUCGGCGGGCCCCGGGCCGGGCGUCUGGGAUUGCAACGGGGACAGGCGAGAACCGCUGUCCUUGGCGAACCUGCGGAAGAGGAACCCGGAAUGUGGAGAAGAAGAACUGGCCUCCAGGCUGGACCACGGCGAAGCCAAGGCCACGCGACACAUCUUCCUCACCAGGCACUCCCAGAACCACGUGGAUGCUUCCCAGGAAAAGGACCGCACGCUGACGCCCCUGGGUGGUGAACAGGCUGAACUGACGGGGCUCCGACUUGCCAGCUUGGGCUUGAACUUUAAUAAAAUUGUCCAUUCGCCCAUGACCCGGGCCAUCGACACCACUGCUGUCGUCAGCGAACACCUGCCAGGCGUCUCCAAGGUCAGCGCAGACCUGCGGAGGGAAGGCGCCCCCAUCGAGCCCGACCCACCCGUGUCCCACUGGAAGCCCGAGGCUGUGCAGUAUUACGCAGCCGGGGCCCGGAUUGAGGCCGCCUUCCGGAACCACAUCCACCGGGCAGACGCCAAGCAGCAGGAGGACACUUCCGUGAUCUGCAGCUGCCAUGCCGACGUCAUCCGCUACAUGGUGUGCCGGGCGCUGCCGUUCCCCCCGGAAGUCUGGCUCCACCUCUCUCUCAAGGACAGUAGCAUCAGCCACCUGGUGGUUCGGCCUGGUGGCCGAGGGGCGCUCAGGGCCCUCGGGGACACGGGGUUCAUGCCUGCGGACAAGAUCUCCCGCUCCUGAGGGCUGCCUGGAGGACCUGCUCCCUGGGCCCCCAGCCUGGUCCGCCCGGGUGCCGCCACGGACGCGGCUCCUUCCCCGUCUUCCCUCCACAGGCUGCG